CGCUUUCCUCCCGACUGAGCCGGUCAGGUCAUAUCCCGGAGCAUCCUCUCCAACGCACACCCACGAGCCACGACCACCAACACAAGCGCCAGCACAGGUGAUCGAUCGACCGACCAUGGGGUUCCCCUUGGUGAGCUACUGCGUCUCCGUCCCCAAGCCGGUGAUCGCCUUCUGCAAGCUCCUCGCCGUCAUCAAGCACGCGCUCUUCCUGGCGCUCUGCCGCGCGCCGCCCAGCCGCUCCGUCACCGCCGAAAGCGCCCCGCUGCCGGAGGACGUCAAGGAGCGGCUCCCGGCCGUCGAGUUCCGCUCCCUGAUGCUGCCGCAGGCGCGGCGUCCGGACCCUUCCUGCCGCGACGUCAGGGCGGCUCCGGCGACGUGCAUCGUGUGCCUGGAGCGGCUGGAGGCGGCGGACGAGGUGCGGCGGCUGGGCAACUGCGCGCACGCCUUCCACCGCGCCUGCAUCGACGGCUGGAUCGACCUCGGCCGGACCACCUGCCCGCUGUGCCGGUCGCGCCUGCUACCCCGGCCCCCCGCGCGCGCCGGCCUCUUCGCUCGCUUUUGGUGAUCACCCCCCGACUGGAAGCGUCGGUGGUUCGGAGGGCAGUUCGGCCGGCGCGUGCUCAUUGGCUGGCUGCUGCCGGCAGCUGGGUCCGGUGGGUGGCGCCGGAAUACUGCGGGCAGAUUCGCGAUUACGACCGGGGCCAGCCGGCCAUGGCAACAACAUGUAUAUGUGGGGUUAAAUGACCCGAAAGUUGUGAUUAGUCAUCUCGGCAGGUUUUCUCAUUUUCUUAGAGAAUGAUUAGUCAAAUAUACACUUAGUGUUCGACUUGUAUAAUUCCAGCCGCGGGACUGCCGCAUAAAGCUGUAUAAACUUGCACUCAUGUACUGUAUAUAUCAACAUUU